CUCACCCUGGCCAUUCGAUUCCCGAUGCAUCCGAGCAGUUGUCCCCAGGUUUACGGUCCUCUCGCGGACGCGAAGAAUCAAGAGUGUGGUCUGCGUACCGCUCGAUGCCAGGAAUAUUGGUGCAUUCUCCCGAUUGACAAGAUGUUCCCCAUGAAAGGUGCGUACGGAUUCGCCAGCCUGGUUCCGGAGAUGCUACGUGCCGACGUAAGCGCCUGGCCAGCCUUUUGCCAAGCGUCGCUGACAUCCUGGCCGAUCCUGGCGAGAUCCUCGCCAAUUGGCUACAAAAGUGCGCCACAUCAGGAGAAGCCACCGUAUUCCUACAUCGCCCUGAUUGCAAUGGCGAUUAACUCGUCACCGAAGCGACGGCUGACGCUCGCCGGGAUCUACAAGUUCAUUAUGGACAGGUUUCCCUACUACAGGGAGAACCGGCAAGGCUGGCAGAACAGUAUACGACACAAUCUCAGCCUGAACGAUUGCUUCGUGAAGGUACCGCGGGACCGGACGAGCGCGGAUGACGGCGAGGACCAUACGGCCGGAAAGGGAAGCUACUGGACCCUGGACCCGUCCGCCAGUGAGAUGUUUGAGCACGGCAAUUACAGGCGCAGGAGAACAAGACGGCGACGAGUGCUUGCUCAGGAGACACCGCAACUCGCGAAAUUACCGGUAUCAACUGAACUUUUAACCAAUUUGACGAAACCUCAAGAAGAGCAACACAAGGUUGAAACAAACGAAGAGAACGUCAUGACGAAAGAUACCGAAACUGAGUGUACAGAUUCCACUGGACAUAUUCCCAAAAUGACUAUAUUUAGCAUCGACAACAUAUUACGAAAAUCGACCCAAGAGUCACAAAUAUAGUUGCAUUUACCGUUGCAAUAGUUUUGAUGACAUUUGUCGAUCGAUGAUGUUAAUCAAAAGGAUUUUAAAACCAAAAUUAAAUUUUGCGUUCUUAUGUAUUCAGAAUUAUAAAUAAUUUUAUUUAUUGUGAAAUAUUUUAUUGUUGUAGAAUAAAGAUUAUUCUAUGUAUGCAAUAUUAUAAUUAGAAAUUGAAGAAAUAUGUGUUUAACAUAAUUUUUUUCGGGCUGACUAAGAUAUGAAAAGCACACCAAAGAAAUGUUGGA